AUGCUUCCGCUCGAGCUGAAAGUUAUCAAGGCAUACAGUUUGGAAAAAAGUGAGUCUAUUAACAAGAAACUGUCGGACUCCGCUAGGACAAAAGUGGAGAACAACAGGCUUGUCUUGCAUAGAACAAUUGAAAUAAUAGUUCCCCGUGCAAAGCAAAACAUACCACUACGAGGGCAUACAGAGGAAACUAGUAAUUUCUACGCAAUACUUUCUGCAUUUGCACAAAAUGAUGAACUUCUGUCGGAGCACAUAGCUAGCGCACAAUAUAAUGCCAAGUUCACUUCCCCUGACAUCCAAAACGAACUUAUUGACAUUUGCGCUGAACAAGUCAAGGAAAGGAUUCUUAGCGACUGUCCAUACUUUGCAAUAAUUGUCGAUGAAGCUACCGAUAAAUCAACUAAAGAACAGUUGUCGCUCUGUGUCAGAUUUGUUGACAAUAAGGGUACAGUAAGGGAGGAAUUUUUGGGCUUCCUUCAGUGUGCCUCUGUCAAAGGAAUUGAACUUUGUGCCAAUAGUUUGUCAUUUUUCCAGGAAGCCGACCUUGACGUCUUAAAAGUUCGAGCGCAGUGUUACGAUGGGGCAUCAAACAUGUCGGGGAAAUAUCGAGGAGUUCAGGCUCUUGUUCGUGAAAGAUCACCGCAUGCUAACUACGUACACUGCAAAGCACAUUGCCUGAAUCUCGCAUUGGUUCACAGCUCCAAUAUUCCUAAUGUUCGAACAAUGAAGUCAACUGUCCAGGACAUAAGUUUUCUGUUAGGUUACUCUGCGAAACGGCUAGCAGCUUUUGUGGACGAGUUGCCACUAACGAGGAAACAGAGCAGCGAACGAAACUGCGAAAUGGAGACCCACAUUUUAGGCAAUGAAGACCGCUUCGCGGCACAGUAUCGUCUGCCAAACCGAUUGCCAGGUCUACAAGAUGAAAUGCGUCCGUCCAUAUAUGCCGCAUAUGCUCCAGAUCUCCAGCAUUCGUUUGAAGCUUUCGGUAACGAAGGUGGAGAGUUCGGUGGAAUAUCGCGGAAAGUAGACCACCUCGGCUCCAAGAUACGCUCCGACAGACGAGCAAAGAUUUGUACCCGUGUGUUUAUGGCAUUCUCGGAGUAUUGUUGA